CUGGCAUGUCAGUCAGUUUACAUUAGACAUGAUCGCUAGGGUAAUCCCAAAUUACGUCCAAACUUGGCCUUUCUGGUGAGGGUUGACCCGGAAAGAAUAGACCGAAACACUCACAAGAGGUAUGACUGAACUUCAGGCUACUCUCGAGUUCUCGGUGGAGUACAACAAGUUCUACAAUGUUGAUCUGUUUCAGAGAGGGUAUUAUAAUAUAAGAACCAGUCUGAAGACAAGUCCAAAGACUCCAGCUAAGAUAGAGGUGACCCUAGCCAAGGCAUCAGAGGAUGUACUGGUGCUGCCCGCGUGUGUUGUGAAUGGAACGGCUUACAGCAAGACUUUCCAAAUACUGUAUCGCAACGAGGAUGUCCAGAUCAAUGACAUGGUGCUGUAUCGGCUUCACACACUCGUCGACAGCUCAAAGAUAGAGGAAAGCCUUGAAAAACUUGAAUUACAGGUGGAAUUGGAGUUAUGGUUUUCAGAGGAAGAAAGUGGGCCUCAAGGCCUACAUGAAAAGAUGGAAUGUGUGUCCCAGCGUUCCCUACAUCUUCACUUCAGUCCAACGAAGGGGCUACAUCACCACAUCCCAGUCCUCUUUGACUACUUCCACCUGUGUGCCCUGGAAACCACCGUCCAUGGAACCCUCAUCGCAAUACACCAACCCUACAUUAGUGUCCCCAGACCUCAAAAGUCCAACAAACCAGCACCAGAGCCUGCCACAUUAGAGAUGGUGUAUUUUGGGAGUAGAACCAUCUCGGGGGAGCCUGUGUUUAGUGAUACCAUCAAGAUGCAUAAUGCCUACAAUGUACACAAGAAGCUGUGCACAAUCUUGCUGUCCACAUUUGAAUCUCUACAAUCCACAUUUCAGCUGUAUCUAUCCAAAAUCUCAGGAUCUCUAUUUAAACUAGAGCAGAAAAACUGUCAUGUAUGGCUGGAGACCUUAGUUAAUAACUUACAGAACUUUGACAAUGAGGAGGAUCUACUACAGACAGCCACCACAGACAUCACCCAGCUGUGUGCGGAGAAUGUGAUACUGUGGACACAGUUCCUAGAAAUUGUCUCCCUUGAUCAAUCUGUGAUGCAUUACCUGGCUAAGGAACACCACACAGCCAGGGUUAAACGAUUUGCUGAGGGAUUUUUUACUCAUGAUUAUCCAAAACCUGAAUGCCUCUCCUGUUAUGAACCAAGCUAUCAUGGUCAUGCUGAUCUGGCCAACAUGGUCCGUGAUUCACAGUAUUUCCGGAGCAUUCCAGCCCUGAGUGUAGAGUGUACAGAAAUGGAUGGUGAUAGUGACACUGUUCCGCUCAUAUUUGAAGAUAUCUACUGUGACCAUAUACCCAUGACUCUAGAUAUAGCCCGUGAUAGACCCUACAGUGCCUCAUCAAAGAAAGGAGAAAAAGUUGAAAAGCAGUCCUACAGAAAGACAGAGCCUCCUUUAUCUAGAAGUAGCAGUCAAGAUUCUCCACAGCUCAAGUUCAAGCACAAAAAGAAAUUCAUCAAGAACAUCCGACCUGAUGCCUUCCGCCGACCAUCAACAUACUCCUGCUCCGAGGCUGAAGCAAAAGGGAAAACGGUUGCUAAGGAUUGUCAACUUGUUGGUUACAGGAAAAAGGUCCCGGAAUUUGAGACAAGCUCAUCAUCCAGCUUUGACCCCAAAUCUGUGAUUGGUACUUUCAGUCCCAACUCAUCUGGGGACCAUGGCAACAUGCUGCUAACAAACUCUCUUUCAAUGCCCUCACUGAUGUCCAAAUCAAGUUGGAGUCGUGCUAGCAUUAACUCACUUCCAGAAUACAUGGACCGUGAGAAAACCCCAUAUGGCAGGAAAAGACAGAUCAAGUCAGAACUGUUUCCUAAAGGGGUGGUACAUUCUGACCCUGAUAUGAGGGGUCGCAUCCAGUAUGAGCAAGUGCACGGGGUUUCAUCUGUGUUAUCUACUUCAUCUAAGCAACAAGCAUGGGAAGAAAAGGAGUUAGAGGUUGAGUUGGCAGUUAAGCCUGUCCAAUUGCAAGGGGAAAAUAUGUCCUUCCCUCCCUCAAGGGACAAUGAUAAACAACUCCCUACCCCUCAGAGCUAUGAUAAACCUCUCCCUCCCCCAGUGGACAGUGAUAAAUGUCACCCCUCCACUGGAGACAGUGAUAAAUGUCAUCCCUCCACUGGAGACAGUGAUAGCGGACUAUCUAGUGCUGUCUCCAGUACCAUGUCUAUAACUGGGCACAUAGAAUCUACAGCAAGCACAACUAAAGGCAAGAAUGGCGGCAAAAACAAAUCCUCGCUGGACAGCACUGCCUUCGCCAGUCUAGCUAAUGACAUUACGAAAGCUUUAAACGAAAGUGAAAGUUGGUAUGUGACAUCGAAUGAAACAGACAAUGACGAUCAAAGUGAUGAUGAAACUUGUGUUGCUAAUGGCUUUGAUGACUUUUUAGAAAAUCCAUGUAGUUUAGAAAGUAAAAACAAUUCCUCAAAUAUACCUCAGGACAAAGACUCCUUUGAAAGUGCAAGUCUAGAUACGCGGAAGGUAUCUGAAGGCAACCCCCAACCUGACCUGUCCCAGCAGCUUGGUAUACAAACCCGCUCCUCUGAGGGUGCAGAGGAGGGGUCCACACCUAGUCUGUCCAAGGACAGUGGUAUUAUCACGCAGGACUACGAGGAGUCAGAUCUGGGGGAAGACAAAAUGACUGUGAUAGAAUUUUUGCGGACAGAAUAUGGGGGGGCAAAGCGGACAGAAUAUGGGGGGGCAAAGGGGAUGGGGCCUGGUGCCCCUGUCCGCCUCAGUCAGCGUAUGUCUCUCUCUACCACAACACAACAUCAACAGCGAGCAGCCAGCGACACAAACAUCCAUCAGAGUGCUGGAACGCCGACAACAUCGUCAGGGUCUGUGGAUACUGUUGUGUGUGAGGCACCAGAGCCUGCCUCUAACCAGGUAGUGACUCGACCCGUCGUGUCAUCAUUUUCUUUCCCAGAGCUCUCAAAGUAUGCAGACAAUGACCGCCCGAAGCUUGUCACACAAGUGGGAUUUUCAACCCUCAGUUUUAUAAGUUUAAGAGAAUCUCUUAAAAAACAGCUGAAGUUUGAGGGAGAGAUGUACAGCGAGGCUUCCACGCUGGCUUCCACCAUUCCAUACUUCCACACGCCGGAUGAUGUGGACUUUGGGGAAGGAGUACACUUGGUGGUGUGUGUUCACGGCCUGGACGGUAACAGUGCUGACUUGCGACUUGUGCGGACGUAUGUUGAGAUGGCUCUGCCAGGUUAUAGGAUUGAGUUCCUCAUGUCUGAACGGAAUCAGGAUACGUUUGCCGACUUUGAUUUGAUGACUGAUCGCCUGGAGUCGGAGAUAUUAUCAUUCCUAGAUCUGUACGGUAUCAACCCUUCUAAAGUCAGCUUUGUGGGCCAUUCCCUGGGUAACAUCAUUGUGAGAUCUGUGGUGUCACGGCCCAAGCUGGCCCACCUGGUGCCUAAACUUCACACAUUUUUGUCCCUCUCUGGGCCCCACCUUGGGACCCUGUACAACAGUAGUGGCCUAGUAAACAUGGGGAUGUGGUUUAUGCAGAAGUGGAAGAAGUCAGGAUCCUUGCUGCAACUUUCCCUUAAAGACCACAGUGACCCCCGUCAAUCAUUCCUGUACAAACUCAGUCAAAAAGCUGGUUUGGAAAUGUUCCGCCAUGUACUCCUGGUGGGAUCUUCUCAGGAUCGCUAUGUACCAUACCAUUCCUCUAGGAUAGAAAUGUGCAAGGCAGCUCAAAGGGAAAGCUCAGGAAUGGGUGCUAUAUACAGUGAGAUGGUAGCCAACAUCCAGACACCGAUAGUCAACAACCCCAAGUGUAAACUCAUCCGUUAUGAUGUCUUUCAUGCCCUCACCAACACAGCAAAUACAAUCAUUGGGAGGGCCGCUCACAUUGCUGUUCUCGACUCUGAAAUGUUCAUAGAAAAAUUCAUGACUGUAACAGGACUGCAAUAUUUCAAAUAGAUAAAUAGAGUUUACACUAUUCUGCAUUUAUAUUAAUCAAUUGAACCCAAUUAUGGAUUCAAAGGUCAAAAUAAGUAGGCACAGGCUUACUUUGUCGAUUUUGAGCCCAAAGUUUAAUAGUCCUACUUAAUGAAGCUUGACCUCAUUUGUUGUUAUUUUGAAGGUGAAUGAUCUUAAAUCCGUUUGUUUGUCUGGCUUUAGAGAGUUGAUUUUGGUACUGAGAUCAAUUUGAUUUAAUUGUUUUGUAUCUGUUUCUUUUCAAACUGAAAAUUUCAUUAUAUAAUUGUUGUGCCAACAAGAAAGGUGAAACUCAUAGUGCUUUAUACUGGUUAUCCUCAUUUAAUGUUUUAGUCGAGUAACAAUGUUACUGAUUGUUUCCCGUCAGAAAACAUUCUUUUUUUAAGGAAGCAUAAUUUGCAUUAAAACUGAUAAGUCAUUUUAAUGUCAAGUUUUAAAACAUUUUCCAAUAACCUUCCAACCAAUAAAUAGCAUGAAUCUUUAGAUUUAGUGAUUUUUAACAAGGCAGUAUAUUAACCUAGAGUAUAUAGAAAUGUCAGCUUGGAAAUGACAGAGGGAUGAUUCUGAAUCACGUGAAUCAAUCACUCUACACAUUCCAUGAUAAUGCAAUACACUUUGUCAGCAUAAUAAAUGCCAGCAGAUGAAAAAUCUAAUUAAUCGGUCUUUAAAUUUGUGAUCUCGGGACAGAUUUCAAACAAACGAUUGUAUGAGUGAUAUUAUAAUGCAAAGCAAAUGUGUGCAAAAAUGUUGUUGAUUUUUUAUGUUUAUUUUAUUUGUUAAAUUAAUAUGUACAUUAAUAUAUUAUAAGUGUGAAAUGAUGUGAACACAGAAGUCCUUGGAAUCUCACCCUCCAGAUACCCCUGUUAUUGUAUCGCUUGUUAAACUCAUAUCCACUUCGUUUGUCUUACCGGUAGUUUAAUUUGAACUUUUGUGGACUUGAUUUUUCCUGUCUAAUUAAAUUAUUGUUGUAUCUUUAUUUUCAUUCUCAAAAUUCCUGUCCUUCGGACCAACGUUUCAAAAUAUGCAUAAUAUGAGUUUUAAAACAUUGCAUAUAUAUUUUUCAUAUUGAUAGACACAUACUGACCAGCAUCCUUUAUUGCAUACACAAUUUUCUUCUACCAAGGAGUAUCUUUUUCCCAUGUUGGACAGCCCCUGAAUUUAUGCAACCAAUUUUGUGUGUAUGUGUUAGAUAUAUAUUAAAUGGCAAAAAAAAUGGUUCUUAUUUAUGUCUAAUUUGUGUUUGUUGUCACAAAUAAUAAGGACAUUUUUAAACGUUUUAGCAUCACCCUAAAAUCAAUCUCAAUAAGUUGGAAACCAGUCUUAUAUUGACUCAUUCAACCCUGAAAUUUCAUAAUGAACUAUUCCAGCCUGUGAAUUGGAAGAGUUCAAAUGUGUCUUCAGGGGUGAAUGACUGAACAGAGUCUAGAGUUAAAUCUGGGUAUGCAUGUAAGAUGCUGGAUAAAAGGAUCAAGAUCAGUUAUAUAGCAGAAUUUGUCAAAAAACACAAGUAGGAAUUUAAUUAUUUUGCACAUGUACCUGCUAUUCAAUUUUUGCUCAAUUUUUCACUACAUUUGCAUGCAUGCAUGGGCUGGGGUUUAUAUCAUUAAUUUGACCAUUUUUUUUUGAAGAUUUUUUAUUUAUUUAAGAUUUUUUUCUUAUAAAUGGAUCAUUAUUUGUUGCGUAGCAUUUUAGCUAAAACAAAUCAUUGAAAGAUUCAGUCUGUAAUAUUUGUUCGGUGAGUCAUUGGUACUGUUAAACUUGAAAAGUAACUUAUUUAGUAGGAAAAAACAUAACUACUUAUAUAACCUGUUUUAGAAUUAAGUCACUGGUAAUAGUCCAUUUUAAAUAUUAUAUUACGAUUAUUGAAUGAAAAUAUUAAAGUCUUGAAUUUUUGUGAAUAUUAGACUAAAAACUGAACAUUUCUUCAAUACACAUUGAAAUCCCUGUACAUUCAGAGGAACUUAUUUUCUAGUUAUGAUAUGGGAUUUUUUGGUCCAUUGUGUCCAGUGAAAAUUGAUCUACUUAAUAACAUAAUCAUUAUACUUACAGAUACAUAGAACAUAUUUAAUUUAACAAGGACUCUUAAUGAAAGACAUACUUGGUAGCAGAUCCGUCGGAUGUGAAGUACAUUGUAUUUAUGAUGUAAGCUGAUUAGGUGAUUUUGAAAAAUGAAAACGGAUUGGGACAUUUCAGAGCAGAGCUGGGUAACUAACUCACCAAAAUGUUAUUGCCCAAUGCAACAUGCAUAUUUCAUAAAGGGAAAUACCACGGGCCCUGUUUGUCAUCAGUGAAAGCAAUAUUGGCAACAAUUUGUUUUUUUCGUGCAAAUUAGUAAUGGGAACUUCAAAGCUUGUACUGUCAAACAUCAUCAUUAGACAUUAGUCAGUUUGUUUAAAAGUGGACAAAAAGUUUGAAUCGGGUGUUUAAUUAAGUAAUUCAUAUGUAGGAACAGACCUGGUUUUCUGGUGAACUGUUUCGUAGCAUUUUAUUAAAUCUUGCCUGACCUGUAGUCAUUGUGCUCAUUCACUUUCAUUUCCUUUGUAAAGUGUGAUGUGUACAGGUGGUUAAUGUUGUUCCAUCUUCAGGGGAAAUGUGCAAAGGAAGAGAAACGAAAACAGAUAUUAAUAUUUAGAAAUAGGUAUCAAUAAUGAAUUUUUUAGUAUUAAAAAAUGGUAGUAGGAUUUUUUUGUCCAUUAAAAUAGAUUCCACACAUGGGGUUUAUUAAUGACUUUAAAGCUGUAAAAAAAUGUUGAACAUUUUCCAUAAUAUUUUCCUUGGUAGUGAUUGGGUGUGUUUGGUAUCACAUGACAGAUGAUAAAACGUGAUACAGACCUGAGAAAGUGAUAGUAAUGGGUCAAUACCAAGUCUCCAACAGAAUUUGUUUACUUCGUGUUGAUAUAACAUGGUUCAUAAAAGGCAUGAAAAGUGCUAUAAUUGAGGCCAGUGCUUGAAAAGGAUUGUGAAUUAGUGUUUCCUGGAAUAGUGCUAGAAUUUACCCAAUAUUCUGUGAACAGUUUUGUAUUCCCUUCUUUGAAAGACUGUUUCAAAAUGUUAUGUUGAUAUGAAUUUAUCAUAAAAACUUCAUAAAUUGUUUUAAAUCUGUUGUAAUUGGUAUCAAUUUUAAUCUAUGUAACAUUACUUAUCCUUGAAUAAAAACAGAAAAUUUCAGCUACUUUUUCCAAAGAUUGGACCUGGAAAGUUGCAAGAAAGAACUAAAAAAAACUGCUAGAAAAGUUCUUUGGUUCUGUGCAGAAAAGUAAAUAUGAGGAAUGUAUCAAUGUCAAAGAACCUUGACUUUUUGUGUUUAGUUAGCACAUGGCUUUGAUUUUAAAGGAGGUAUGUCAUUGAUCAAUAUCACUCUUUUCUCGGAUGGAUAAUUGACGUCAACAGAGAUAAAAAAAAAUAUAAUACUGGUUUUCUCCUAGAAAUCUGAGAGAGAAAGCUCAAACCCUACAAUUACAUAUGUACAGGCAUAGCCUGUUUGUGUGGUUUAUAUAUGGUUCCAUCGACCUGAUCUAGUCCCUAUAUAUGUGACCUGCACCUUGUUAGAAUGUUAUUUUUGUAGAAACUGCCACCAUGUCUGUCUUUGGUGCUAUAUUGUAUACUGUCGUUGUUGAACAUCAAUGUUUCAUUCAACUUUACAAAUGACUAUAAGGAACUCCAAAGACUUCUUUCAAAAUAUCAAGACAUAUUCUUGGAUGUGCCGUUAUUUAUUUGAAAAUAUUUUUGUAAAGCAAAGUUACUUGAAAAAGUUCCAAUGUGUCAUUUUCAUCAUUAUGAACAUUUGCAAAAAUAGUCACUUCUUUUUCCUCACAAUUUGAGAAAAAUCCUUUUUGUAAUUUUUGUGUCCAUUUUAUCCCUAUUUGUCAUAUAUAUCACCAAAUUAAUUUUUACAUGUGAAGUUGUAUGUCUGAUAGAAUUCUGAUAUGUUGCCAGUAAAACAAGGCGUGAAAGAGUUUAUGUUGAUUGCACUUAUUAUAUCACACAUUUUACUCAACAAAGAUUUUGUGCAAAUUUUACGUAUAUUUACCAGUGCCCUUACUUCUAGGUUGGAUGUGUUUGAUGAGGUUGAACUCUUGGUAGACAGGUUUAAAUGGAUGUUUAGUGGUAGAAGGAUCAGAUAUAUGUCCCUUCAUCAACAACACCAAACUGAUUUAUACAUGCUGUAGUUUUAAUUUAUAGUUUGUCAUAUACAUUUUGUGAUUUAUAAACUUGGAGUGCUUAUAA